AUGGCAUCCAACACACAACGAAUCACCACCCUCCUCAAACACUGGCCAACCGACAAAGUGCGCCCGUCAACCGUCUCCGUCCAGAACUACCUCCAAGCCUGCCUCCAACCCUCAUCCACCGAACCCUCCUCUCAAAAACAGCCCCAACAAGAAGGCCAAUUACAAAAAGUCAACAUCGACGAGAAAUCCCUCAACGCUCUCUCCUCCCUCCUCGAAGACCGGUACGCGAGACGCUACCCCCUGUCGCCGAGAUUGCGCAGACCGGCGAGUAACCCGGAUCAUUACGAUAAUGUGAUUCGGGAGUUUGAUGAGGCGCCGGACCGGGACUGGAUGGGAAGGUUGAAGAAGAGGUUGGGUGGGCUGUUGAGGUUGAGGUAG